CCUCCCCCAGUCCCCAUGGUUACGGCUCCUGCUUCCCGGCCGUCCCUGGUCCCUGCCCGCCGCGCGGAAGGAAGGCAGGCACCGGCGGCAGGCGCCCCCCGCCCGGGCCCUGGAAGCCGCCCGCUGAGCCGCGGUGAGUGCCUGCUCUUCCUGGCUCUGACGCAUCCUCUGGGUGCAGAGCCAGUCACCACCGUGCCGUGCGCUGGCCACAGCUCCUGGCGGGUGCUGCCCUGCAAUCUGUUGAUAACCGCACUUGCAAGCUCCAGUCUGAUGCCACCGGCGAUGGGAAUCUGCUCCCCAGCGCUGGGGACCCGCCACUCUGCGCCUGCACGUGGGGGCAGGGGGCCAGCACCCCUCCUGCCAUCUCUGCCAAAAUAGAUGGGCGCAGCCUGCAGACCCCUGCCCGCCCUGUUGCGGCCACCCCGGCACCCUGAGGCAGGCUCGUCAGGAAGCUGGACCCGAGGCUGCCAUUUGGGGUUUUGACCUUCUGGAUGGCCAUGGAGGCUGGCGGGGAGAAGGGCGCGACAUAACCCUCUCUGCCACAAGCCAGUCCCCUCCAGUGCUCCUGCCUGGGUGACUCUGCAGGGCUCAUGGAUCUGAAGACCGUACUCUCCCUGCCCCCGGCCCCAGGGGCGUUCCUGCACCCCGUGGUCUACGCCUGCACCGCUGUCAUGCUGCUCUGCCUGCUGGCCUCCGUCCUCACCUACCUCGUGCACCGGAGUGCCAUCCGGAUCAGCCGGAAAGGCCGGCACACGCUCCUCAACUUCUGUUUCCACGCAGCCCUGACCUUCACCGUGUUUGCUGGCGGCAUUAACCGCACCAAGCACCCAAUCCUGUGCCAGGCGGUGGGCAUCCUGCUGCACUACUCCACGCUGUCCACCAUGCUGUGGAUCGGAGUGACCGCCAGGAACAUCUACAAGCAGGUGACCAAGAAGGCCCUGCCGUGCCCAGGCCCAGACCAACCACCGUACCCCAAGCAGCCCCUACUCAGGUUCUACCUCAUCAGCGGAGGCGUCCCCUUCGUCAUCUGUGGGGUCACUGCGGCCACGAACAUCAGGAAUUAUGGGACUGAAGACGAGGGAACGGCCUACUGCUGGAUGGCCUGGGAGCCCAGCCUGGGCGCCUUCUACGGGCCCGCCGCCUUCAUCACCCUGGUCACCUGCGUGUACUUCCUGGGCACCUACGUCCAGCUGCGACGGCACCCGGAGCGCAGGUACGAGCUCAGAGAGCGCACGGAGGAGCAGCAGCGGCUGGCGGGGCCCGAGGGGGGCCACCGCCACGGGGCGCGGCCCUGCACCCCGCCCGCCUGCGGGCCCCUGGCCGCCUCGCAGCUGCAGAACGAGCACUCCUUCAAGGCCCAGCUGCGGGCCGCGGCCUUCACACUGCUCCUGUUCACGGCCACGUGGGCCUUCGGGGCGCUGGCCGUGUCGCAGGGCCAGCUGCUGGACAUGGUCUUCAGCUGUCUGUACGGCGCCUUCUGCGUGACGCUGGGGCUCUUCGUGCUCAUCCACCACUGUGCCAAGCGGGAGGACGUGUGGCGGUGCUGGUGGGCCUGCUGCCCCUCCCGCGGGGACCCCGGCCUCCAGCCCAGCGCACACCCCACGCUCGAUGCCAACGGGGACGUGCUGGGGCACGUGGCCUGCCUGCAGGACUCACCCUGCCCUGGUCAGGCAAGGGGCUUUGGACACCCGGUGCCCGGCCACUGCAAGAUGACCAACCUGCAGGCCGCCCAGGGCCACGUCAGCUGCCUGUCGCCCGCCACCCCCUGCUGCGCCAAGAUGCACUGUGAGCAGCUGAUGGAGGCGGAGGCCCACGGCCACGUGCCCGAGGGAGAGGCCUUCCUGCACCAGCCCCACCUGCACACGUGCCUGGAGGGCAGAACUAAGGCCCACUGCUUCCACCCGGCCGCCCCCGCCCCCGCCCCGCGGGAGUACGCGUACCACAUCCCGUCCAGCCUGGACGGCAGCCCCCACAGCUCCCGCACGGACAGUCCCCCCAGCUCCCUCGAGGGCCCGAUGGGGGUGCACACGCUGGCCUGCUGCACCCCGGGGGACCCCUUCCCCAUGGUCAGCCAGCCCGAGGGCAGUGACUCCAGCCCAGCCCUCUACGGCUGCCCGCCAAGACUGCCUCCAGGCCCUGCCCACCUGGAGAUGCUCCGCAGAACACAGUCCCUGCCCUUCGGAGGCCCCAGCCAGAACGGGCUGCUCAAGGGUGACGUCCAAGAAGGACUGCCGUUUGGCACCGACGGGACCGGCAACAUCCGGACUGGGCCCUGGAAAAACGAGACCACGGUGUAGCUGGAGCCAGAGCACGCUGGCCUCCAGAGCCCCGUCCCCGGAGAAGCUGCGGCACCACAGGGGCCGUCGCCUGAGGGGCUGGGGGUCACAGAGAGACUGGGCCUUUCAGACGUGGCUCAGCCAUCGCCACCAAGACCCUUUGUUGUGAAGACGCCGGUGAGAAGCAUUCGGCUGUGGCCUCCACCAGCCCCAGGUGGACCUGCUGUCCACAUACUGUCACCCACUCUCUAUUUGUAGUGUCCAGUCCCCAGGGCAGCUCAGAAACAGAGCACUGGAUUCUAUCAAAGGAGCUGCCCACACCCCAGGCAGAAGAUGCAGGGUAGUGACCAGGAGGCCUCAGCAGGGCCCCCUUGGACAUUCCCAGGCAUUUGCGAGGGUGCUGAGCUUGCUCCACGGGCCAGGGGACCUGCUCCUCCAGAACACGCUUACACUGGGCAGUGUCUGCAGACCCCUCUGCUGUCCUCGUGUCUGUCAGAGCUGCGGGUGGGGCUCACCCCGUGGAGGCUCACUCCCUGCCCCCACACCAGCCCUGCCCUGGAUGUAGCCACCCGCAGCCCACAGCACCUGGAUGCUGGAUGAGCCCCAUGCCCCGCUCUGGAGCUGUGGGGAGGAGCAGCUCAUGGCUGCCGGCCUUUGUGGGUGGGUCUCGGGGCUGUGCCUCUGCAAGAUGCCCAGACCCUUCUCAGUGGAGACUCGGCUCCCACCGCCAGCCACCGUCAGGCCUGGGUUCUGCCCCUGCGUGGGCACGUCACAAGCAAGUUCCCUUGCACAAAGAAAAGGGGCUAACUGGGGGGCAAGGUCACCAGACAAAAUUCCUUUUUCUCUUUUGCAUUUCCAUGAACAUCUGGGAACAAAACCCCAACUCAAAGGACAGAUGUUGAUGAAAGCAGGUGGCCCGUCCCUGGGCAGAGUCCUCCAGAUGCAGGAGCUCAUGUCCAGGGGCCAUGCCUACAAGAGCCCACAACCCUUCCCCUCCUUCUCCCUCCCAGCCUGUGGCUCAUGUGCACACACGCACACACACAUACAUGCCAGAACAUGUGCACACAGGACAGAGCGCACACGCAUGCACACCGUACAUACCACACACGUACAUGCGUGUAUACACAUACACACGUACUGGAAUACAUGGACACACAUGCACGCAUGCAUGCAGGAUCCUUACUGUACACAUGUGAUGUGUACACGGGCCAGCACAUGCGUACUCCAUGCACACGUGCACAGAGUCAGGUGUCUUCAGCUGCCCGAGCUCGGCUGUCAUUGCAGCUGUGGGGUCAGCAGCAGGCCAGCCAUCCACGUGCCUCACCCUGUGCUCUGCUCUGCCCACCAGGCAGUGGCUGCAGAGGAGCAGAGCCUUCUAACAUGUGUCUCAGAGGAGAGGGCGUGGGUGCGGGCAUGUGCACGCCAUGUGGGAGGCCACGCGAAGGCCCACACUUGGGGUCUGAGUGGAACCUGGGCCUAGCACUCGGAGACCAACAGAGACGCCGCGACUUCCCACAGCACUGUGCCCAACAUGGACUCCUCCGUGCAUAUGGGUCAGCACAGGGCGGUGAGGGCCACCAGGUGGGUCAGUCCCCGUCACUGUGUACCUUCCCACCUGCUUCUGUAGCGACGCGUGGACCCUGACAUGCUGCCAUACGCUGCGGAAGCAAACCGUCCUGACAAAAUACAGUGUUCAGCAUUGUCUGUCCUGGGUGAGGCUGGUCAAUAGCAUCCGUGCGUGUUUCUCGCCCUCCACGGGAAGGAGGGUCCGGGCGGGGUCAGGACCUUGUCCAGGAUGCUCCCCGGGGCCCCUCAAGUCCUUUCUACCCUCUGUGCCCCUGGCAGAACAGAGAGGGCACC